CUCUCCCUUUGUCUAUUUUAGGAUUUUUUAUAACUCUGAAACCAAACUUAAAAUUGAUAUUUUGUCUCCCAACGCCCGGCGCCGAUAUUCAUUUCCGGCGCUGUCUUGAGUCCAAACACCCAAUGUUGGGUACACUUCACUGCUUUUUUUUUUUUUUUUUUUUUUUUUUUUUUUUAAUAAUUCAGAUCUACAUUUCUCAUAACCCGUCAACCCAACCCGACCAGUUUGUUAAUCAUUACGACUAACCUUAUCUACAUAAUAUCUGCUCAAUUUGUUUCAAAACGCACUCAACCCCCCUUCUUAGAUCCCGACUGUUCGAUUCUCCGAUGGGUCUCGCCGACGGAGAUUCCGAAUCGACCUCUCUUCUGGCAACUACAACCGUCGCUUCUAUACCCAAUAAGGUUCCCAAGGAUUCGUUUCAUUUUGCUUACAUAAUCUACUUUACCUUGGGCUUUGGUUACCUCCUUCCUUGGAACGCUUUUGUUACCGCCAUCGACUACUUCUCCUAUCUCUACCCUGAUGCAAAUGUCGAUCGCAUUUUCGCUGUUGUUUACAUGGGGGUUUCCUUCAUUUGCCUUGUCUUCAUUGUCUUUUAUUCCCACAAGUCUAACGCACACUUCAGGAUCAAUUUGGGUUUGGUCCUUUUCGUGUUGACUUUGCUUGUGGUUCCAAUUAUGGAUGUGGUUUACAUUCAUGGUCGGGUUGGGUUGUACGAGGGGCUAUAUGUGACCAUCGGAUCCGUGGUUUUGUGUGGUGCUGCCGAUGGCGUUGUGCAGGGUGGGGUGAUUGGCUCUGCCGGUGAGCUCCCGGAGAGAUACAUGCAGGCUGUUUUUGCUGGCACCGCUGGUUCUGGGGUCCUCGUUUCAGUUUUGAGGAUUAUAACAAAAUCAAUAUACCCACAAGAUGCAAGCGGUCUGAGAGCAAGUGCAAGGCUUUACUUUGCGGUUUCCAUUGUAGUUAUGGUUAUAUGUAUAAUAUUCUACAAUAUAGUUGAAAAGCUACCAGUGGUGAAGUAUUACAAGGACUUGAAGGUACAAGCUAUGAACAUGGAAGAAGAGGAAAAAGGACCUCUGACUGGGGCGGUAUGGAGAUCAACAUUGUGGCAAAUAGUAGAGAGUGUCAAGUGGUAUGGGUUUGGCAUUGUCCUCAUCUAUUUAGUAACGUUGUCAAUAUUUCCAGGAUACAUUACCGAGGAUGUUCAUUCUUCCAUUCUCAAAGACUGGUACCCGAUUCUCCUCAUUACCGGCUACAACGUGUUUGAUCUUGUUGGAAAGACCCUCACUGCAGUUUAUGUUAUUCAAAAUCCCAAAAUUGUUAUAGUUGGAUGUGCCGUGAGACUCCUGUUUUUUCCACUCUUCUUCAUAUGUCUUCAUGGUCCCCCAAUCUUUAGAACUGAGAUUCCAGUGACGUUCCUGACUUGUUUGAUGGGCCUCACCAAUGGCUAUUUGACAAGUGUUCUCAUGAUGUUGGCUCCAAAGGUUGUCCAGCUACAACAUGCAGAAACGGCAGGAGUUGUCAUGGUUUUGUUCCUAGUCACCGGUUUGGCACUAGGUUCUGUUGUGACUUGGUUCUGGAUCAUCUAACUUUAUUCACUAUUUGUGUGAUCUGUACAUGAGAUCUUAAAAUCUGCUCCCCAUCGUUUCUCCUUUAAAUUUGUUCAUAAAGCAAGUACUGUUUUCUAAUGAAUGUAUAGACCUUGUAAAACUAUCUAUGUUUUCAAUUACUGCAUAAUGUCAAGUUCAACUACCCUGCAUCAUUGAAAUUCAA